AGUAGGAGUGGAGAGCCUGUGUGAGUGACUGAGUGUGUGUGUGUGUGAGCGUGUGUGAAGAAUGCACACUAUCUCAUGUUGGUGAGUGUGUGCUUACUCCCUGACCAGAUGCUGCGGUGCACGGGGCAGCCACCAUCUCUGCAUGCACGUCUGUGAUGUCUUCCAAGCGACCAGCCUCUCCGUAUGGGGAAGCAGAUGGAGAGGUAGCCAUGGUGACAAGCAGACAGAAAGUGGAAGAAGAGGAGAGUGACGGGCUCCCAGCCUUUCACCUUCCCUUGCAUGUGAGUUUUCCCAACAAACCUCACUCUGAGGAAUUUCAGCCAGUUUCUCUGCUGACGCAAGAGACUUGUGGCCAUAGGACUCCCACUUCUCAGCACAAUACAAUGGAAGUUGAUGGCAAUAAAAUUAUGUCUUCAUUUGCCCCACACAACUCAUCUACCUCACCUCAGAAGGCAGAAGAAGGUGGGCGACAGAGUGGCGAGUCCUUGUCUAGUACAGCCCUGGGAACUCCUGAGCGGCGCAAAGGCAGCUUAGCUGAUGUUGUUGACACCUUGAAGCAGAGGAAAAUGGAAGAGCUCAUCAAAAAUGAGCCAGAAGAAACCCCCAGUAUCGAAAAGCUACUCUCAAAGGACUGGAAAGACAAGCUUCUUGCAAUGGGAUCAGGGAACUUUGGCGAAAUAAAAGGGACUCCCGAGAGCCUAGCUGAGAAAGAGAGGCAACUCAUGGGUAUGAUCAAUCAGCUGACCAGUCUGCGAGAGCAACUAUUGGCUGCCCACGAUGAGCAGAAGAAACUAGCUGCAUCUCAGAUUGAGAAACAGCGCCAGCAAAUGGAACUGGCCAAGCAGCAACAGGAACAGAUUGCAAGACAACAGCAGCAGCUUCUGCAGCAACAACACAAAAUCAAUUUGCUCCAGCAACAGAUCCAGGUUCAAGGUCAGCUGCCGCCAUUAAUGAUUCCUGUAUUCCCUCCUGAUCAACGGACACUGGCUGCAGCUGCCCAGCAAGGAUUCCUCCUUCCUCCAGGCUUCAGCUAUAAGGCUGGAUGUAGUGACCCUUACCCUGUUCAGCUGAUCCCAACUACCAUGGCAGCUGCUGCCGCAGCAACACCAGGCUUAGGCCCACUCCAACUGCAGCAGUUAUAUGCUGCCCAGCUAGCUGCAAUGCAGGUAUCUCCAGGAGGGAAGCUUCCAGGCAUACCCCAAGGCAACCUUGGUGCUGCUGUAUCUCCUACCAGCAUUCACACAGACAAGAGCACAAACAGCCCACCACCCAAAAGCAAGGAUGAAGUGGCACAGCCACUGAACCUAUCAGCUAAACCCAAGACCUCUGAUGGCAAAUCGCCUACAUCACCCACCUCUCCCCAUAUGCCAGCUCUGAGAAUAAACAGUGGGGCAGGCCCCCUCAAAGCCUCUGUCCCAGCAGCGUUAGCUAGUCCUUCAGCCAGAGUUAGCACAAUAGGUUAUUUAAAUGACCACGAUGCUGUCACCAAGGCAAUCCAAGAAGCUCGGCAGAUGAAGGAACAACUUCGGCGGGAACAACAGGUGCUUGAUGGGAAGGUGGCUGUUGUGAAUAGCCUGGGUCUCAAUAACUGCCGGACAGAAAAGGAAAAAACAACACUGGAGAGUCUGACUCAGCAACUGGCAGUUAAACAGAAUGAAGAAGGAAAAUUUAGCCAUGCAAUGAUGGAUUUCAAUCUGAGUGGAGAUUCUGAUGGAAGUGCUGGAGUCUCAGAGUCAAGAAUUUAUAGGGAAUCCAGGGGGCGUGGUAGCAAUGAACCCCAUAUAAAGCGUCCAAUGAAUGCCUUCAUGGUGUGGGCUAAAGAUGAACGGAGGAAAAUCCUUCAAGCCUUUCCUGACAUGCACAACUCCAACAUCAGCAAGAUAUUGGGAUCUCGCUGGAAAGCUAUGACAAACCUAGAGAAACAGCCAUAUUAUGAGGAGCAAGCCCGUCUCAGCAAGCAGCACCUGGAGAAGUAUCCUGACUACAAGUACAAGCCCAGGCCGAAGCGCACCUGCCUCGUGGAUGGCAAAAAGCUGCGCAUUGGGGAAUACAAGGCAAUCAUGCGGAACAGGAGGCAGGAAAUGCGGCAAUACUUCAAUGUCGGGCAACAAGCACAGAUCCCCAUCGCCACUGCUGGUGUUGUGUACCCUGGAGCCAUCGCCAUGGCUGGAAUGCCCUCCCCUCACCUGCCCUCAGAGCACUCAAGCGUGUCUAGCAGCCCAGAGCCUGGGAUGCCUGUUAUUCAGAGCACUUACGGUGUAAAAGGAGAGGAGCCACAUAUCAAAGAAGAGAUACAGGCUGAGGACAUCAACGGAGAAAUUUAUGAUGAGUACGACGAGGAAGAGGAUGAUCCGGAUGUAGAUUAUGGGAGUGACAGUGAAAACCAUAUUGCAGGACAAGCCAACUGAUAAGGGUCAAAAGAUUGUUGUGACCUUAGGACUUAAAGAAGCCCUAACUGGUUCAUCCUUACCAGUGGCCAAGCACAUUAACUUUCUCAUACACUGACUGUUACUUUAACUGUUAGUCUUAAAUAGUUGGGACAUCAGCUGACUAAUAGACCUCAGCCUCAAAAGGCUUGGAAAGGAAAAAAAAAAUACAACAAGCAAACAACAAUAUCAACAACAAGAGAUUGAAAUAAGCUAUGGGUAAAAUAAUGCCAGUAAUUCAGCUGCUACAUCCAAGCACUGAAGUCUUACCCGUCAACUUUUUUUUUUUUUUUUAAUAAACUUUAUGGCUGUUUGUUCUACAAUGUUCUAGAAAUUCUCACUCAGGUACACAGUGCCAACAAGUGGCUUGUGAAUGUGUUUUGUUGUUUUGUGCUACAAUUUUUAAAAAGAAAUAAGUUUUGUUUUGUUUUUUGGGGUUUCUGGGUUUUUUUCCUUUUUCUUUUUCCUUUCCCUUUUUUUUUUUGUUUUAUAAUGCACCUGACAGAAAAAGAAAGAUGAAUUUCUCUUUACUUCUCUCCACCUUCUCCAUCUCUAUACUUUAAAGAUGGAAGUCUGUGCAUGGGGGGGAAGAGGGAAAAAGAGCCUGUUUUUAACUUCCUUGCUAUCCACCACAAAAUAAGCAAUUAUUUUCUUUAGAGGACUUUCUUUAUUGCACACCACACUACAUCUUUGAGCAAGUGCCAAAUUUGUACUGAAGUGUUGACCAAGUUCAUUUUUUCCUUUUCCUUUUUCCUGUUCCUUCUUAAGUUAGGACAGUGUUAUAUCUUAGACAAUCCCUUGAAAAACCUGAAAUACCAGCAGCUGGUGAGAUUUGACUUUUUUUUUUUUAAUGGAACUGUAGGUGCUGUUCUCAGGUGAAAAGAGAGAGAGAGAGACAUAAGAAAUUUAGAGAAAAAAAUAUUUUCUGAUCUUGGAUUUUUGUGUGUAUGUAUGUGUGUGAUUAUGGUACUAAUAGAAAUAACGUUGGACCAUUGUGAGUUAAACCCACAUCUGGGGAUGAAAUCCCACAUCCUCCUAAGUGACUGGUCUAGAAGUAAUCUUGACCUUGACUUUGCACUUCAAAUGACAAUUUAACCAAGUAUAGGGCUCAGAAAUUAUAUUUUUAAAUGUCUAAUAUGAUUAUUAUUGGAUGGAUCAGGUGGCCCUGUGUAAUAGAGGUGUGCAUGUAUAACAUGGAAGCUACUAGCAAACUGCUCCCAGAUGUCCCUUCUCCCUGGUCAAUUGGUUCCACUAAUGUUUGCUACUUAGUGAUUUUUGGUUGUUUUUCCUGUUGAUACUUCAAGCAAAAUAACCAUUGUUUUAAAUGAAUAUAUUUGGCCAUAUUCCAGAUAUAUAAAAUAAGCUUAUUUCUUCAACAUUCCAUCCUUUCCUGACCAGGAAAUGGAACUGAUGAUUUUAUAAGGUAUUUUUCAUCCCUCCAUUAAAUGAAGUAGAGGCCUUUUGCAUUUCAGAGAUGUGGGCCAUGUGCAUUUCACACCGUAAAAAUCAGGAUUUGAUUAAAAGUCACUGCAGCUCAACAAAAUGGAGCCUGGUUGAACACAGGGAUUUUUGCCACUACUCUUGCUUUGCUGUGAAACAAAUCCACUGAAGUCCAAUUUUGGUUCCAACAGAGUAUGUGCGAAGAGCAGCAACUAAUGGGGAUGGGACUGCUUAUGUACAUUUUGCCAGCCACACGCCAAGGCAGGUGUAGGGCCUGUACAAAUUAAUGCAGAAUCAUUUCAAGUCAGUUGCCAUUAUUUGUGUUGAGGCAUCGGAUAGUAAAUACUCCAGCCUGUAGCUUGGAUGUGCUAUGGUUUUCACUCCAGUUGUCAUUUUCCUAUCUCACCCCCCAAACACCUCCCUAAAGUUUGAUUUUUACAUAUAAAUAAAAAAAAAUCCUUUUU